GAUACUCCUGCAUGCAUGAGUAGCCAAUGCAUGCAUGCCCAACGCCAAGGUGUCCAUCUAUCCGUCUAUAUAAAGUCGUGCUGGACCAUGGCAUUGGCAUCCCUACCAUACAUAUAUACAUGCACCAACCAUCAGGCAAGGCAACUAUUAUAUCUCUCCAACAUCUCAUUUCAUCUCACCAACUUGUUACUACAAAUUAACACCCACCCCCACAAUAACUCUCAUCGUGUACGCACCACGCCACUACAUCUACGCCACCGUCCGCCAUGGCCAAGAAGAGUAGUAGGCUCCUCCUCGCGCACAAGCUCUUCUCCGCCAUGCUCUCCCUCCUCCUCCACGGCCGCCGCCCGCCUCCUCCUCCUCCUCCUCACUACUCUGGCGGCUGGUCAUCAUCAACCCCGCCACCAGUAGUGCACCACGGCGCCGCCAACAACCUGCCUCCGUCGACGCUGGACGCCGCCGCCGCUGCCAUCGUCGUCGACGUCGACACCGCGCUGCUGCGGUCCGGCGACCUGUUCCCGUACUUCAUGCUCGUCGCGCUCGAGGCCGGCGGCUUCCUGCGCGGCCUGAUCCUGCUCCUGCUGUGCCCGCUCAUCCGCCUCCUCUUGCCGCGCGGCGCGGCGGUGAGUGCCAUGGCGGCGGUGUCGUUCUGCGGCCUGCGCACGGGACGGAGCCGGUUCCGCGCCGGCAGCGCCGUGCUGCCCAAGUGGCUCAUGGAGGACGUGGCGGCGGAGGCGUUCGAGGUCGUGCGGCGCGCGGCGGGGAGCAGCAGGAGGAAGGUCGUCGUCGUGUGCGUCACGGCCAUGCCGAGGGUCAUGGUCGACGGCUUCCUCCGGGAGUACCUCCUCGGCGUGGAGACCACGGUGGUUGUUGCUCGGGAGAUGAAGGUCGUGUGCGGGUUCUAUACUGGAUUCAUGGAGGACCUGCCGCCGGAGGUUGAAGAGAUGGUGAUGAAGACGGUGGCGGCGGCGGUGGUGGAGGAGGAGGAGGAGAGUGGUGACAAGCAGGCGGCGGUCGUGGGGUUCUCUGGGUCAAUGGAGUUUCUUAACCAUCCACUGGCACGUUGCUGCAAGGAGAUCUUCGUCGUGAGCUCCGACGAGAAGCGCAGGUGGCGGCCGCUGGCGAGGGACAAGUACCCGAAACCGAUGGUGUUCCACGACGGUCGCCUGGCGUUCCGACCAACCGCCGCCGACACGGCGGCCAUGUUCGCGUGGCUGCCGCUCGGCGUCGCCCUGGGCGCGGCGCGUCUCGCGGUGGCGCUGACCGUGCCGUACAGGUACUCGACGCCGAUCCUGGCGGCGACGGGGAUGUCGUGGCGGCUCAAGGGCUCCCGCCCGCCGCUGCCGUCCGGCGGCGGCGGGCGCGGGCAGCUGUUCGUGUGCAACCACCGGACGCUGAUCGACCCGGUCUACGUCUCGGUGGCGCUGGACCGGCAGGUGCGCGCCGUGUCCUACAGCCUGAGCCGGCUGUCGGAGCUCAUCUCGCCGAUCGGCCGGACGGUCCGCCUGACGCGGGACAGGGACAGCGACGGCGCCGUCAUGGCGAGGCUCCUCGACGGCGGCAACCUCGUCGUCGUCUGCCCCGAGGGCACCACCUGCCGGGAACCUUACCUGCUGCGGUUCAGCCCGCUGUUCGCCGAGCUCAGCGACGACGUCGUCCCCGUUGGGAUCGCCGUCGAGACCUCCAUGUUCUACGCCACCACCGCCGGCGGGCUCAAGUGCUUCGACCCGCUCUACUACAUGGUGAACCCUAGGAUGUGCUACACCGUGCAGUUUUUGGAGAAGGUGGACACCAGCGCCGUCCGGAGCAGAGCCGCGCCGAGCACCGACAUGGCCAACCUCGUGCAGAGGAAGAUGGGGGAAGCGCUUGGGUACGGAUGCACCAUGCUCACCAGGAAGGACAAGUACCUCAUGCUCGCUGGCAACGACGGCGUGGUCCGGUCAACCGGCGACAAGUCGGCGUCGGCGUCGGCCCCUCCAGCAGGUGCCGCCACAGGGAGGAAGAACAGCUAAGUCAAAGUUGCUGUUGAUCGAUUAGAAGAAAAAAAAACCAAUUAUAAGGGGAAAAAGGGCAGAUUUUUUGUCCUUGACUUUUGGUUUUAGAAGAAGACCUUGGAAGUUCGGUACAUCGAUCAUUGUUGAUCUGUUGAUCAUUCAUUCCUGAUCGAUGUUUGUUUCCUUCUCUUAAGUAGUUUUUAUUUAUUUAUUUAUUUAUUUACUUUUAAUUUUAAUUAGGUUAGGGAUUUUUUUUAUGGAGUAUGUGUAUGUAAGAAGCAAACAGGCUUGUAUCUCUCGGGUGAUUGUACUUGUACUGUAGAUAUUGUAGAAAAAGACUACAAUGUGAAUUAAAAAGUGAACUUUUCAUU